AUUUUACUUCCAUCUUUAUAUCGUGUGAGAUUUCAUAAUUUUCGACAGCGAAAAGAACGAAAAAUAUCACAUUUUGUAAGCGUUUAUAAUGUCGGCGCCGGAGCAGGGACCUAAGAUCAAGUACGGGGAAAACGCUCCCAAACUCGACAGGGCGCAGCUGCAGUUUAUGAAGUUGAUCGAGGAACAGAACCUGGACCGCGUGCAGAAACUCAAGCGCAUCCGCCGCAACAAUCUACUGACCGCCGGCGCCCUGGGAGUCUCCGUUCUGGCCAUCUACGGAUACUCUAUCUUUUCGGUGCAGCAGGAGAAGUUCCUGGACGACUUUGAGGAGCCCAAGAAGGUCUCCACCAACUAG